UCCUACCGCUCGUAUUUAAGACCAGUCUCUCUCCUUCCUGGCACGUUAUUGUUGCAUCAGCAUCCAAAAGCGAAGCAAUGCCGAGCACAAGUGAGCAAGCCUUUGAGUAUGGCUUCUUGCUCCACAUAAAAGACGAAGCUGCACUGGCAGCAGCACUGAAUGACUACCUAACCACUCGCAGCUACCUGGCUGGUUUCAGCCCUUCACAGGCUGACCAGAAAGCUCUUAAGCUUCUCAACAGGCCCCCAGACCCACAACAUGUCCACGCUCUGCGUUGGUACAGACACAUAACAUUUCUGCAGCAGGACCUGAACCCAGACAGCAGCAGGAAAGGAAAGCGGGUACAGCCUCAGUGGUCUCCGCCAUCUGGAACAGACGUUCCCCAACUUCGAUUGUACAACAGUCUCACCAGAGCAAAGGAGCUAUUUGUUCCUCAGAAUGGAAACAAGGUCACAUGGUACAGCUGUGGGCCAACAGUGUAUGAUGCCUCUCACAUGGGGCAUGCCAGAUCAUACAUCUCUUUUGAUAUUCUGAGAAGGAUACUCAAGGACUACUUCAAAUAUGAUGUCUAUUACUGCAUGAACAUAACAGACAUAGAUGACAAAAUCAUUAAAAGGGCACGUCAUAACUAUCUGCUAGACCAGUACAAGGAGAAGAAACCACAAGCGGCUCAAAUACUAAAGGAUGUGCUUACUGCCCGAGUGCCCUUUCAGGCCCGUUUGACCUCGACUACAGACCCAGAUAAGAAACAGAUGCUAGAAAGGCUUGAUGCCUCCAUCAUAGGCACUCUACAGCCUCUCCAGGCAGCGUUGGAGAGUAACGCUGCAGAUCGUGUGGUGCAACAUCUGGCUCAGGCACUACUAUCAAAUGCCAAGGACAUGCUCUCUGACUGGCUGGAUGGUCAGUUUGGAAGUGAAGUCACAGACAACUCAAUCUUCUCUGUUCUGCCGGCAUUUUGGGAGGGAGAGUACCAUAAAGAUAUGGACGCCUUAAAUGUUCUUCCUCCUGAUGUCCUUACUCGUGUCAGUGAAUAUGUGCCAGAAAUUGUAGAGUUUGUGAAGAAGAUUGUCUCGAAUGGCUAUGGGUAUGAAUCGAAUGGCUCUGUUUACUUUAACACUGCAAAGUUUGAUGCCACCCCACAGCACUCGUACGCCAAACUAGUGCCAGAGGCAGUUGGAGAUCAGAAGGCUUUAGAAGAGGGAGAAGGUGACCUGAGCAUUUCUGCUGACAGACUAAGUGAGAAAAAAUCACCCAAUGACUUUGCCUUGUGGAAAGCGUCCAAGCCUGGAGAGCCUUCAUGGGACUCUCCAUGGGGAAAGGGAAGGCCUGGCUGGCAUAUUGAGUGCUCUGCCAUGGCUGGCUCCAUCCUUGGGGAGUCUAUGGACAUUCAUGGUGGGGGGUUUGAUCUCAGAUUCCCCCAUCAUGACAACGAGCUGGCUCAGUCUGAGGCUUUCUUUGAGAAUGACAACUGGGUCCGUUACUUCUUGCACACCGGUCAUCUGACAAUUGCAGGAUGCAAGAUGUCAAAAUCACUGAAGAAUUUCAUUACCAUUAAGGAAGCCUUGGAAAAAAAUACAGCCCGCCAGCUACGUUUGGCUUUCUUGAUGCAUUCAUGGAAAGAUACCUUGGAUUACUCUCCCAACACUAUGGAGAUAGUUGUCCAAUACGAGAAGUUCUUGAAUGAGUUCUUCUUGAAUGUGAAGGACAUUCUGCGUGCAACUACCGACAUCACUGGGCAGUUUGAAAAGUGGGAUACAGCAGAGGUGGUGCUUAACAAAAGUUUUUUUGACAGAAAGUCAGCGAUCCACGAGGCUCUGUGUGACAACAUUGAUACACGCACAGUCAUGGAGGAGAUGAGGCAGCUGAUUGGUCAGAGCAACAGCUACAUCGCUAGCAAGAAAAGUGCCAAGCUAAGACCCAACCGCAUGCUAAUGCAAAGUAUCGCCAUGUAUCUCACCAAAAUGCUGAAGAUAUUUGGAGCAAUUGAAGGAUCAGAGCCCAUUGGUUUCCCCAUGGGAGGACAAGGACUGGACGUUGAUCGGGAGACCACAGUGAUGCCUUACCUCUCUGUCCUCUCUGACUUCCGAGAGCAAGUGCGAAAAAUUGCCAGACAGCAGAAGGUCAUGGAGUUGCUGGUCCUCUGUGAUGAUGUCCGUGAUGUUACAUUACCAGAGCUCGGUGUCCGACUCGAAGAUCAUGAAGGACUGCCAACUGUGGUGAAACUCGUGGACAAAGAGAUUUUAUUGAAAGAAAGGGAUGAGAAGAACAAGCUCGAGGAAGAGAAACAAAGGAAGAAAGAGGAGGCUGCCAGGAAGAAAGAACUACACGAGAUGGCUAAACUUGCUAAAAUGAAGAUCCCUCCAUUUGAGAUGUUCCUCGCAGAAACAGACAAAUAUUCCAAAUUUGAUGAAAUGGGUUUCCCCACUCAUGAUGCUGAAGGGAAGGAACUCAGUAAAGCACAAGAGAAGAAACUACGCAAGCUUUUCGAAACCCAAGAGAAGAUACAUAAAGAGUACCUUGUGAGCAAGGGUGUGGAGUCAAGCGAGGCAAAAAAAUGAUUAACAAAAAAAAAAAUCUUUUCAGUUUGAGUUAAACGAUGUGCGUAAUUUUCUUUAAAGCCAAUAAUGUCCAUUGUUUUAUAGUCAAAGUAGCUAGAUUUUUGAAAAUGACAUCGCUCCUUAAAAUUGGAAUUCCAUUUGAAAGCUCUGCAUCGAACAUUUGUACCAGUUUCGGAUUUAAGGCUGCUAAUUUAAUUCCAAAUUUACCACUGUUUUGCUCAUGAAUGUGUGAAUCUGACUCCAUCAGUGCCUCACCAGCCAUGAACAUCACCGCUUUUAAGCCAAAAUGGCAACAAAUUGCCCACUCUGCAGUCAAGGAACAGGGUAAAGGCCUGAGAUUGUCUCUUGUAAACUAAUCCUUUUUUUACACCCACAUGAACAAAGUCAUCUCAGUGAAGACAAUUGGGUGCUUUGCUUAAAGUAGUAUAAAUUACUAAAUGUGUUUUUAGACAGUUGAAGAAGUCAAUGAAGACCCUCUUAAGUCCUAACACCAAAUUUGGCACAUGAAAACUGAGGAUCUUAACAGUUCCCCCAUUUAUCCUGUCUCCAACAAUGAGCAUGUCCAUGAAUGACAUCAAAUCAUGUUUGACUUGGGCACAAACCUUCCCAGAUUACUUGACCUCUGUUCCUGCAAAGCAAACGCACAUCUAAUGUGCUCUAUUGGUCAGACAAGGGAAAUAUUAAAUUGCUGUUUCUUUUUGUAAUUGCAAAUUUUUUUCUACAGUGUGAAAAAAGAAGACAAAGUAGACUAUUUUUUUGCAUUCGUCUCAUGGUUCACUUAUUUGUUUUAUAAGUCCAUGCUGGCUGAGUUUACAAUCGGAUGUAUUGUAUCAUUUAUUGUAACUAAUACAAACGCUACUCCUGGAUCAACAAAAAAUAAGUAUUGGAUCAACA